UAUGAAGGAGGUCAAGGUUCUUGUUCUAAGGUCUUCGUUGCAUCUGCUGGAAAAUUCUGUAUGGUUUGUUCGUCAUCCGAUAAGGAAUUAAGGCUAUCUUGAUCAUCUCGUCGGAUCGAGGAUGCCGGCGGGAGGGUUCUCGGUGGCGGCUCCGGCCGGGACGGAGUUCGAGGCGAAGAUCACGCCGAUCGUUAUCAUCUCCUGCAUCAUGGCCGCCACCGGAGGGUUGAUGUUCGGCUACGACGUCGGCAUAUCAGGCGGUGUGACAUCGAUGGACGAUUUUCUGAAAAAGUUCUUUCCGACGGUGUACCGGCAAAAGCACGAGGACAAGGAGAGCAACUACUGCAAGUACAACAACCAGGACCUGCAGCUGUUCACGUCGUCGCUCUACCUGGCCGGUCUCACCGCCACAUUUUUCGCGUCCUACACCACCCGCAAUCUCGGCCGCAGGCUCACCAUGCUCAUCGCCGGAAUCUUCUUCCUUGUCGGUGUCGUAUUCAACGCCGCAGCCCAAGAUCUCGCCAUGCUCAUCGUCGGUCGCAUUCUUCUCGGCUGCGGUGUCGGAUUCGCUAACCAGGCGGUUCCUCUGUUUCUCUCGGAGGUUGCACCCACCAGAAUUCGCGGAGGCCUGAACAUCUUGUUCCAGCUCAAUGUCACGAUCGGCAUCCUCUUCGCAAACCUUGUCAAUUACGGCACUUCCAAGAUCAAUGGAUGGGGCUGGCGGCUGUCGCUGGGGCUGGCGGGCAUACCAGCGGUGCUGCUGACGGUGGGGUCUCUUCUGGUGACGGACACUCCGAACAGCCUGAUCGAGCGCGGGCGGCUCGAGGAAGGGAAGGCGGUGCUGCGCCGGAUCCGGGGCACCCCGAACAUCGAGCCCGAAUUCGAGGAGAUCCUGGCGGCGAGCCGGGCGGCCCAGCGCGUGAAGCACCCCUUCCGCAACCUGCUGCAGCGCCGCAACCGCCCGCAGCUGGUGAAACACGCUCGGCUUCAAGAGCGACGCCGCCCUCUACUCCGCCGUCAUCACCGGCGCCGUCAACGUCCUCUCCACGCUCGUCUCCAUCUACUCCGUCGACCGCAUCGGCCGCCGCAUGCUACUGCUCGAGGCCGGGGUGCAGAUGUUUCUUUCGCAGGUGGUGAUCGCGGUGUUGCUGGGGAUAAAGGUGACGGACCACUCGGACGACCUCAGCCGCGGGUACGCGGUGCUGGUGGUGGUGAUGGUGUGCACGUUCGUGUCGUCGUUCGCGUGGUCGUGGGGGCCGCUCGGGUGGCUGAUCCCCAGCGAGACGUUCCCGCUGGAGACGCGGUCGGCCGGGCAGAGCGUGACGGUGUGCGCCAACCUGCUCUUCACGUUCGUCAUCGCGCAGGCCUUCCUCUCCAUGCUCUGCAGCCUCAAGUACGGCAUCUUCGCCUUCUUCUCCGCGUGGGUCGUCGUCAUGUCGCUCUUCGUGCUCUUCCUCCUCCCCGAGACCAAGAACGUGCCCAUCGAGGAGAUGACCGAGAGGGUGUGGAAGCAGCACUGGUUCUGGAAGCGCUUCAUGGACGACGACGCCGAUUACGGGGUCGAAGACGGCGACGGCGAUUACGUUAAGAAGCCUAGUAGUUAUAAUAACAAUGCAAGCAACGGCAGCAACGGGGUUCGGCCGUAGGAUUAUCGUUAAUCGAUCAAUUAAUUGUAAUCUGAGAAGGGAGUUGUGUUUAGUUACGGACUUGUAAUACUAGACUAGAUCAUCGUCACAUUUAGUCGAUAACUCGGAGGGCCGGGGGAACAGAGAAAGAAAUGACGAACCUGCAGUGAAGCUUUCUUUCACUGUACUCGAGGCUGGAGCAACUCUCUCUGUCUUUCUGUCUGGCUCACCUCUGUUUGCUUACCGUAGAGAGGAUUCGGGUAAGCGAACAGGUUGGGCUGCGCAUGGUGGAGACGUGUGUACCUAAAUAUAUAUCAUGAGCUUUUCGAGAGUUUUGUGUACGUAGCCACCGCAUACAUUUCUGUUCGGCGGCAUACUAGCCUAAUGUUUAAUUCGGCAAUUAAUGUACCAAACUAGUUCGGAGUGAAUUUGCCUACAGGAUUUCUCCCAAUCAAAGUAAUCAAUUUCUGGAACGACUUGACAAUGGACUACUAGAUGCUCAGAA